UCCCUAGGGAAAGAUGGGCUCACAAAAUCCGUCUCUAUAACUGCUGCUCUGGCUGGACUCCUCCAAACACAGAAGAGACAAGGCCUUCUCUACACAGCGUGGUGGGAUUACAAACCAGUCAGGGUGUUGAAUGCUUUGUACUUCUGAAGAAAUCAAGAAAAUGCUUUUGAGUGACCUGGUCUUCACAGUGCUCUUCAUUGCUCAGACAGGGAUUGGUCUCCUAGGGAACUCAAUACUGCUCAUGCUGUAUCUUAGUGUCUUCAUUUCUCAGCCCCAAUACAAGAAGACCACAGACUUGAUCUUUGGCCACCUGACUGUGGUCAACGCAUUGACACUCUUCACCCAGGUUGUCCCUGGGAUGGUUAUGGCCUUCAGGUGGGAGAGUACUCUGGAUGUAGUUGGGUGUCAGCUAGUCCUUUACAUUAGGAGAGUAGCCAGGGGCCUGUCCAUCUGCACUACCUGCCUCCUGAGUGUGUUCCAGGCCAUCACCAUCAGUCCCAGCAACUCCAGAUGGGACCAGUUCAAACACCGAGCCCCCAAAUAUAUUCUCUUUGCCUUUGUCUUAUUCUGGAGCCUCAACCUACUGUUAGAAAUGAAUAUAAUAAAAUCCAUUGCCAACAGCAAAAAUGUCACUGUCCCACUCAAACAUCACAGUAGGAAAACUUGUAUUAGUAUACAUUAUUUAAAUAAGUUAAAUAGUAUUUCAUUCCUAACUGCCAAGACUCUCCGAGAUGUUUUCUUUGUCCUUGUCAUGAGCUGCUCCAGCGGCUACAUGGUGAUGGUACUACAUAAACACAGCAAGCGAAUGCAGCACAUUCACAGCACCAGUCUCUCCCCCAAGACCUCCCCGGCAUCCAGAGCCACCCUGACCAUACUGCUUCUGGUCUCCUGCUUUGUUUCAUUUUAUUUCAUCAACAGUAGCAUUACGCUUGCUUUGUCAUUUAUCAAGGAUAAUGAUUUGAAUUAUUUUGAUCCUACAUUAUUUCUGGGGUCAUGUUAUGCCUUCCUCUCCCCAUUGGUGCUGAUCAUCAGUGACCCCCGGAUCUCCAAACUCUCCAAACGCCAACAUGACCUGUAAUACUGUAAGAUACCCAACUCCUAUUAUGAAUCCAAGAAAUGAGGAAUAGGCCAUGUGCCUUCAGACCUCAGACUUUUUGUGAAGAUCCUGGGCAGAAGGAAGAAGCAGGUUCUGAGAGUCAACCAUCCCAAUUUAGACAGUGA